AUGGCGUCGAAAAGCAACGAACAAGUUGUCACCGAGACCUUCUCGGAACGAUCUCCCUUUGCUGAUGGUAUGACAGCAGCCGGUGCUAGUGCCGGUGCCGGUCUUUUCGUCAGCGCUAUCCAGAACAGUGUUCAGAGUCACAACAAGGGUGCUCUCGGUGUCUUUACUCGUACAGGAAGCACCAUUGCUCUUUUCACUGCAAUGGGAGGCAUCUUCUCGUACACCGACUCGACGGUCGCCAAUUUUAGACAGAAGGAUGAUGCUGUCAACGGAGCGAUCGGUGGUUGCGCUGCCGGUUUUGUGCUCGGUGCUGCCGCUCGCUCCGUUCCUAUGAUGUUUGGUGGUUGCGCUUCUCUCGCUGCAUUGAUCGGUACUUUUGAUGCGGCAGGUAAGUCGCUCCAGGGCACCUACGCGCGCGCAUCGCCAUAUGACUUUUCACAUGAUCACGACGCAGCUCCGGGCGCGCAAGGUUGGAGGGAAGCUCGAGAUGCCCGUCGUCAGAACUUCUUCAAGCAAAAGAAGGACGACGUCGAGUCUGAUGCAUAG